AUGCCAGUUACUAUGACGUAUCCACCAGAGAUUCUUUGUGAAUUACAAGAAAAUACUGAAUCUAUUCGUAACAUAUGUAUAUUGGCUCAUGUUGAUCAUGGUAAAACAACAUUAGCUGAUGAUUUACUUGCUUCAAAUGGAAUUAUUUCGACACGUUUGGCGGGCAAAUUACGUUUAAUGGAUAGUCUCGAAGCCGAACAAAUUCGAGGCAUUACUAUGAAAUCUAGUGCUGUUUCACUUGUUCAUGAAAAAGAUGAUAAAAAAUAUUUAAUCAAUCUUAUUGAUACUCCCGGACAUGUUGAUUUUUCGUCAGAAGUUUCAACUGCGGUUCGUCUUUGUGAUGGUGCAAUUAUUCUUAUCGAUGCUGUCGAAGGAGUUUGUCCUCAGACUUUAGCAGCUCUUCGACAAGCAUGGCUCGAACAUUUACGUAUUAUUCUUGUUCUUAAUAAAAUUGAUCGUUUAAUUGUUGAACUUAAAAUGAGUCCUCUGGAAGCUUAUUUUCAUAUUCGUGUUAUUCUUGAACAGUUAAAUGCUCUUGUUGCAGAACAAUUUGCAUCAUUACUAUUAGCAAAAAGUAUUGAUCAAGAAGUUGUAGACGAGGUCAAAACUGAAAAUAACAAUGAAAAUGAUGAUGAUGAUUGGACGCGAAAUGAAUCUCGAAUGUGUUUUUCACCGCAUUAUAAUAAUGUACUUUUUGCUAGUGCAUUAGAUGGUUGGGCAUUUGGAAUUCAUCAUUUUGCAGAUCUGUAUGCAAAGAAAUUAUCUAUUAAACGCGAAGUAUUAAUGAAAACAUUGUGGGGUGAUUUUUACUUUGAUAAAAAAAGCAAACGUGUUUAUAAAGGUGCACAAAGUAAAGGACAAAAACCAAUGUUUGUUCAAUGUAUUCUUGAAAAUCUUUGGAGUGUUUAUGAAACAAUUAUAAUUCGACGAGAUAAUGAAAAACUUGAAAAAAUUGCUACAUCAAUUGGUGCUAAAUUAACUCCACGAGAUAUUCGGCAUACUGAUCCAUAUGUUCCAUUACAUCUUCUUUUCAAUCAAUGGUUACCUGCUGCUUCAGCUGUAUUUGAUAUGGUUGUUACUCAACUUCCACAUCCAAAAGCAUUAAAUAUAGAAAAAAUUGAACAAUUAAUGUGUAAUAAAAGUCGUCGAUUUGAUACAUUAUUACCAGAAACACAACAAUUAAAACAAGCAUUUCUUAAUUGUUCAAGUGAUGAUCAAGAACCAGUAAUAAUUUAUGUAUCAAAAUUAUUUUCUGUAAAUCAGAAUGUUCUUUCACAAAAUAAACAAAAACCAUUAACUGCUGAAGAUAUAGUACAACGACGAGAACUUCUUAGACAAAAACAACUUGAUAAGACAACAAUAAAUGAAGAAUCGUCAACUAUACAAACUAUAGAAAAAGAUCAAACUAAGACAGAAAAUGGUGCUAUGAAGCCAGUAGAAGCAGAAUCAAACGAGAAUAUUGAUGAAAAUGUAUUUCUUGCUUUUGCACGUGUCUAUAGUGGACGAUUAAAACGAGGACAAAAAAUUUUUGUUCUUAGUCCUCGCCAUGAUCCAACUUUAUUUGUUGGAAAAGAUCUUAGUCAAGUUUCUGCUCAUAGCAUUUCUCAUAGUGUACAAGAGUUUAUUGUUCAAGAUCUAUAUUUAAUGAUGGGUCGUGAAUUUACUCUACUCGAUCAAGUACCUGCAGGCAAUAUAGUUGCUAUUGCAAAAUUAGAUUCUGUUGUUUUAAAAUCAGCAACUUUAUCAACAAAUAUAUUUUGUCCAUCAUUUACUGGUCUUCACUUUGAGGCUUCGCCUAUUGUCCGUGUAGCAAUUGAACCAAAAAAUCCCGCUCAAAUGAAACAACUUCGACAUGGUAUGCGUUUAUUAAAUCGAGCUGAUCCACUAGUCGAAUGUGCACUAAAAGAUACUGGUGAAUAUAUUCUUUCAACAGCUGGUGAAGUACAUUUACAACGAUGCAUCGAUGAUCUUACUAAAAUCUAUGCUCGUAUUGAAAUCAAUGUUUCAGCACCGAUUAUUCCAUUUCGCGAAACAAUUAUACCACCACCUAAAGUCGAUUUUCUCAAUGAAUCAUUAGCAAAUCAACAGCAGCAAUUUAAAUCAAAUAAACUAACGAAAGAACGACCACCAUGGCUAUUAGAGGAUGGUUUAGUUGAAUUAAGUACUCAAAAUCGUCAAUGUACAUUUCAAAUUCGAGCAGUACCAUUACCUGAUUCUGUCACUCGUUUACUUGAUGAAAAUUCUUCCAUACUUGCAGUUAUUGAACAAGCUCAAAUACGUGAUGAUAGAAAAGUAACUGUUCAAUUAAAUGAUCAAACACUUGAUCAAAUUCGACAAUUACGAGAACGUUUAAAUGAAGAAUUUAUUAAUGCUAAUGGAAAUAUGUGGAAUUCAAAUACUAUUGAUGAAAUAUGGUCAUUUGGUCCACAUAGAUGUGGGCCUAAUCUUUUACUUAAUCGUAUUCCAAGUAGUGUUUAUAAACAACGUUUCUCAUCUAUUUGGGCUGUUCUAUUAAAUAAAGAAAUGAAAACAAAUAUAAAUUCAUCAUUAACAAAAGAUGAUUAUGAUUUAAGUAUUAUUCAUGGAUUUCAAUUAGCAACAGCUAAAGGAUCAUUAUGUGAAGAACCUUUAAUGGGUGUUGCAUUUAUAAUUGAACAAUGGGCAAUAAAUACAAUUGUUAAUGAUGAAAAUAAUGAUGAACAGCAGAAUACAUCAGAAAUCAACAAUUCUGAUCAUCCUACACCACCAUCAACAGCAACAACUGCUACUGAGGAAGUAGAAAGUUUAGUAGAAACAAUGAGUAUUACAAGUGACGAAUCGUCAACAUUAAAUACUCAACAAAAACCUCGUCGUUUUGUUGAUAAAUCAAAAAUUAUAAUUAAACGUGGACCACUUUCUGGCCAAAUAGUAUCAACUAUAUAUGAUGGUUGUCGAAAAGCAUUUGAUUCCCAACCAAGACGACUUGUUGCAGCUAUGUACAAAUGUGAAGUUAUGGUUAAUGCAGAAGCAUUAGGUCGAGCUUAUGCAGUUUUAAAUAAACGAAAUGGACGUGUAUUAAAUGAAGAUAUGAAAGAAGGCACGAGUACAUUUAUUAUUACAGCUGCAUUACCAGUUGCUGAAAGUUUUGGUUUUGCUGCAGAAACGCGUAAAAAAGCAAGUGGUUUAGCAUCGCCACAAUUAUCUGGUAAAACAUAUUGGGAAAUUAUUGAACUUGAUCCAUUUUGGGAACCACAGACAGAAGAAGAAUUUUUACAUUUUGGUGAAAAAGCUGACUUUGAAAAUCGUGCUAAAAAAUAUAUGAAUGAUGUUCGUCGACGUAAAGGUUUACGAGUUGAAGAAAAAAUUGUUGAACAUGCAGAAAAACAACGAACGUUUAAGAAAAAUAAGUGA